GAGAACUGCUGACGUCACUUUUAGCGCGGAGUUUGUUGUCGGCGGAAAACAAUCUGUCAAAGUUAGAACAAAGUGUUUUUUUCCGCUUCGUUUCGCUGAAGUUCGAACAUUUAACAUAUUAUUGACUCCGUGGCUUCAUGAUGGAUUCCUGAAAACCUUCCCGUUGCUUCUUUGGCGCCAAAAACCCAAACGAAUCUGAGUUUCUUUGUGUUUAGCUGCAGGCGCUACGGUUAGCUUGUUCGCUAGCAGCACAAACCAAACUGAUGGAGUUUCCUGCUGUUUGCUCAGAGGACAGCAGCUCAGAGGCAGCCAUCAUGGAAACAGCUCAUAAAAAAAGGAAAAUCUCAAAGGAUGUGCAGCUGGAUAUAGAGGACCUGUACAAAGCCGUCCCUCAGCUGGCUAAGGUGUUUCGCAUUGUGGAUAAAAUUGGAGAAGGCACGUUUAGCUCCGUGUACUUGGCCGAGGCUCGGAUGCGAGACGGGAGGAGAGAGAUGUUUGCCUUGAAGCACCUCAUCCCAACCAGCCAUCCCACCCGCAUUGCCGCCGAGCUUCAGUGUCUGACGGUGGCAGGCGGCAGAGAGAACGUGAUGGGAGUGACGUACUGCUUCAGGAAGGAGGACCACGUGGUGAUCGUCAUGCCCUACAUGGAGCAUCAAGCCAUUGUGGACAUCAUCGGGUCGCUGAGCUUCGAAGAGGUCCGUGUCUACAUCUACCACCUGCUGAAGGCUCUCAGACACAUCCACCAGUUCGGGAUCAUUCAUCGAGACAUAAAGCCCAACAAUUUCCUCUACAACCGGAAGAGCAGAACGUACGCUCUGGUGGACUUCGGCUUGGCUCAGGGCGCCGCAGACACCCAGAUCGAGCUGCUGAAGGUGGUGAGACAGAAGGCGUCACAGAAAGUUGCAGGGCUUUCAGGGAAACGGGAAGCUGCGCCUCCUCUGAAAACCAGCAGCACAGCUCCUCUACCUUCCUCCUCCACCUUCUCCUGUGUCCCCCUUCCCCCCACAGCGGCUGGGAGAGCACUGGUUAAAAAACCCUGCACCAGCGUCACCUCUUACACUCGAACAAAACUCACCAAGGAUCUGGCAGGGCUGCGUAAAGUUCCUCGACCCGUGUUUGGAGAGAGAAAUCUGAACAGCUGCACACCAGCGCCCCCUACCUCCAAGUCUGAUGUCAAGAAAUCCGAGGAGGACGCCAGCGUCAGAUACCCAUCAGCCAAUCGGGUUCCUCUGCCUGUCAGGGCUUCUGGCAGCAGCCAGAAAACCCAGAGGACCCUGCAGCAGGGUCUGACGUGUAACUGCUACCUCACCGACCGCGUCUGCAACGUCUGCUUGGCCAGGAAGCAGCAGGUGGCACCCAGAGCGGGGACCCCCGGGUUCAGAGCCCCAGAAGUCCUGAGCAAGUGUCCCGACCAAGGCACAGCCAUAGACGUGUGGUCGGCUGGUGUGAUCCUGCUCUCCCUCCUCAGCGGUCGUUACCCCUUCUUCAAAGCCAGCGACGACCUGAUGGCGCUCACACAGAUCAUGACUAUAAGAGGCUCCAGGGAGACCAUUCAGGCCGCAAAGACGUUUGGAAAAGCAGUGGUGUGCAGUCGGGAGCUUCCGCGUCAGGACCUCAGGACGCUCUGCGAGACGCUGAGAGGGAAGAGGUGUCCGGCAGGUGAUGUCACCGGGGUCCGGGAAGCAAAGGGAGAGACGGCCGGAGGCCAACUGAAGCAGCUGCUCAAGCAGCAAGAAGAAGAGCCUUCAGGAAGCAGAGUCCCGACCAAUCACAGCUCCCCGUCAGAGAGAAGCGAGGACAGCAGAGGCUGGGACAGGGUUCCUGACGCGGCCUUCGACCUGCUGGACCGGCUGUUGGACCUGAACCCUUCCACCAGGAUCACAGCCGCCGAAGCUCUGCAGCAUCCUCUCUUCAAGGACCUUUGACCCUAAGCUCCAGCCCCCCACGGCUG